AUAACUACCUUGACGGUUUUCCCCUUCGUUCCUCACAGUCACACCCCCCAACACACACACAUUACUACUCAGCACCCACAGGACAAGAGUGUGAAAAGAAGAAGAAAAAAAAUGGCGCGAAAUGACUUAUCCUCUGUAACUACAUUUCGCGUCCUCACCAUACUCCUUCUUUUGCUCCGCACUAUCACCGCUGGUCACGACUAUAACGACGCUCUCCGUAAGAGCAUUCUCUUCUUCGAAGGACAACGCUCAGGAAAACUCCCCUCCGAUCAGCGUCUCCGAUGGCGUCGCGACUCCGCAAUACACGAUGGCGCCACUGCCGGAGUGGACUUAACCGGCGGAUACUACGACGCCGGCGAUAACAUAAAGUUCGGGUUUCCGAUGGCGUUCACGACGACGAUGUUGUCGUGGAGCGUGAUUGAUUUCGGGAGGGUGAUGGGACCUGAGCUUGGGAACGCGUUGAAGGCGGUGCGGUGGGGGACAGAUUAUCUGUUGAAGGCAACGGCGAAGGUAGGUUCCGGCGUGGUGUUUGUUCAAGUAGGUGAUCCUUUAUCAGAUCAUAACUGUUGGGAAAGACCAGAAGAUAUGGAUACGUUACGCACAGUUUUCAAAAUCGAUAGGUCCCACCCUGGUUCUGACGUGGCAGGAGAAACUGCGGCUGCACUUGCUGCUGCAUCAAUCGUCUUCAGAUCACGUGAUCCCGCUUACUCUACCUUGCUUCUCAAUCGUGCCGUUACGGUGUUCGAGUUUGCUGACAGGCAUCGUGGUGCAUACAGUAACAGCUUGCGCCGUGCAGUGUGCCCGUUUUACUGUGAUGUAAACGGUUACCAGGAUGAGUUGUUGUGGGCAGCGGCGUGGUUGCACAAAGCUUCCCGUAGGCGUCUGUACAGAGAAUACAUUAUUCGGAAUGAGGUUGUUUUGAGAGCUGGUGACACUAUUAAUGAAUUUGGUUGGGAUAACAAACAUGCUGGAAUUAAUGUCCUCAUUUCUAAGGAGGUGUUAAUGGGAAGAGCAAACUAUUUUUCGUCGUUCAAACAAAAUGCAGAUGGAUUUAUUUGUUCUACAUUGCCUGGAUUUUCUCACCCACAAGUUCAGUAUUCCCCAGGUGGCCUUAUCUUCAAGGCUGGUGGAAGUAACAUGCAACAUGUAACGUCCUUGUCCUUCCUGCUGUUAGCUUAUUCCAACUACCUAAGCCAUGCCAACAAGGUAGUGCCAUGUGGCCAAACCACUGCCACCCCAGCUUUACUCAAAAACCUCGCCAAACGCCAGGUGGACUACAUUCUUGGGGAUAACCCGUUGGGAAUGUCUUACAUGGUUGGAUAUGGUGCACACUACCCGCAGAGGAUACACCACAGAGGAAGCUCACUUCCCUCAGUUUCAGCCCACCCAGCCCACAUUGGCUGCAAAGCUGGAUCUCAAUAUUUCUUCAGCCAAAACCCCAAUCCUAAUAAAUUGGUUGGAGCUGUGGUAGGUGGGCCCACCAACACCACUGAUUCAUUCCCUGAUUCCAGGCCUUUCUAUCAGCAGUCUGAGCCCACGACAUAUAUCAAUGCACCACUUAUCGGCCUGCUCGCUUUCUUUUCAGCCCAUCCUUGAUGUUAUUGCACAUGUAUGUAUAAUGUAAUAUAUCUAAGUGGUGGGCAAAAUGGUCACCCUGUAUUGUUCUUGUUCUGGAAAAGAAAAUGGGAAAGAAGGUUGGUAAUAGUAUAGUAUGAUGAUUUGAGGUUGUUUUCUAAUUUCUAUCAAUUAAGUGAAGCAAAAUUGCAAGUUGUAUACUAAAUGAUGAUUUUAUGUUAAGGGGAAAAGUCUAAAGAAAGUUUAUGAUCUAUUGAGGUUGAAUGUUCCAAUUUUUUUCGCAA